AAACACAAUGUACAGAACCCUAAAACAUUUUCCAAGGGUGUACUGUCAGUCAAUAAAAUUUACUCGCUCCAUCAAGUAUGCAUUAACUCACAUAGAAAACAGCAACAAAAACCCUAUAAAACUGCAAAUGGUUAUUCCUUAAAACUCAAUAGUCAAGAUAAUUUAAGUGUGCUUAAGUAUUUGGAGAUGAAAGAGCUUCUCAAAGUUAUACUCUUGUUGAUCGUUUACUUGACGUGCUCAAAGGCUAUGGUACCUUAUCGUGGUUGCGACCUUAUCGGGCUAGCUCCUGGAGGUGGAUUGGGAAAGUACGAGACAACAGAGUCCAAGGAGAAAAUGUAUUCGGGUCGUAAGUUAGUUUCUGGUCCGAGUCGUAGUUCUUGCGGUCACUAAAUGUUUGGAUGGUAACUAGUAAGAUUAAAAAUGAUAAUAAGAUCUUGAUAAUGCCAAUUGUAUUUGGGUAUGUCUAUGUUCAUUUUAAGGGUUAUGAGUAUCAGAGGUUUGUAAUGCGUUACUACCUAAUCAAAUAAAUGGCUUGCGAUUCGCAAUAUAUAUAUAUAUAUAUAUAUAUAUCUUUUGUUUUGAAUAUAUUGUUCAUGAUAAUCUUGAAUAUUUGAGAAAAACUGGAAAGGUUGACACUGGUUUUUGUAAUAAUCCUUAAUAUUCAUUCAGUUUACAGUUAAUUUUUUUUGACACGUAUUCAAGAUAAAUGCUCAUUUUCAUUAUCCGACUAUUCAUGUGACAGAUUUAUCGACUCUUUGAGUAAUAACCUAACUUGGGUUAGGGUAGAAAAUAAUUCAACUUCGACAUACAUAAUAGAUCCACAAAUUAUAUAUGUACACUGAAUAUAGGUACGUAAUAAUCUAAUUCAACUUAGCCAACCUCCAGAAUAUUCAAAAAAUUGUAUAAUGCUUAUAUGGUUAUUUUGUAAUUGUAUUAGUUUAUAAGACGAUUCAAAAAAAAAUCUCAUAUAGGGAUAACAUUAUUAAUAUAUAUAUAUAUAUAUAUAUAUAUGUAAACCUAAUUAAUAAAACUUAACAAAUCGCCCGUAUAGCUCACUGGUCCAGUCUUGUAAACUGAAGGUCCGUAGUUCGAUCCUACGUGUGGGCACUUUUUAUUAUCUUUUUGUUUUCUUAUUUUUCAUUAAAACGAAGCACUGAUGCAUGAAGAUCGAAAAGCUUGAAACAUACUCUCUCUCUCUUCCGAAAUGUAAGAUAUUUAGAAAAAAUUUUAUAUUUUAAUUUGUAAGAUGUUUUUAUAUUUCUAAGUAGUUUUAAUUUUAUCAAAAUCGGUGUAAUCAAUCAAAUUUAAUAGUUUUAUUUUGUAAAUGAUUGAAUAGUUUUAAUAAUACAUUUUUAAUAAAAAGUAAUUAUUUUAAUAAACGUGUUUUUUACCUAGAACAUCUUUUUAAUAUUUAGGAACGGAUGGAGUAUUCUACAAGAAUCCAAACUCGUUAAUUUCAUGUAGUCUUCUCAAGAAUUCAAGCUUGGCCUAGGAAGACGAAAGAUCUGACUAGAGGUAAUUAUUUUAAUAAACGUGUUUUUUACCUAGAAUAUCUUUUUAAUAUUUAGGAACGGAUGGAGUAUUGUACAAGAAUCCAAACUCAUUAAAUUCAUGUAGUCUUCUCAAGAAUUCAAGCUUGGCCUAGGAAGACGAAAGAUCUUACUAGAGGUUACUAGGAGGGCUGCACCAACGCAGACCCCAACAGCAAAAAAUAACGGUUACUCUCCCAUUUGGGAGAAAUCUUAGGCUAAAGUGUCUUCCCAAAAUGCAAUGGAAGCCCCUUCCAUAUUUUCAUUUCCAGUGUCUGAAACCACAAAUCUUCACCGAGGAUCUAUGUCUGUAAUCAUCGCUUCAUUCAUUGGUAGAACCUGGAAUAUAACUUCUUUUUGAUUGGGAGGCAAAAUCAUGCAUGCUUUGAGGCAGGGGCGGAGAUAUAAAUUUUUUUUAUGGAAGGCAUUGGUGUAAAUAUAUAGGGGUAGAAUAACAUAAUGGAAGUUGUUCAUAAAAUUAUACAUGUAAUUUUGAAAAGUCACCAGGGGCAACUGCCCACCACUUAUUAGUCUAUGUGGCUCCGCCACUGCUUUGAGACAAAGGUACAAGUAAAGUGGUUUUUCUUGAAUGCAUAAACGUGCAACAUGAAUGCAUCCAAUAGCCUUGUCAACAUAAAUUAAUAUCCGUUAGCUUAAUCAUGAACGCAUGUAAUUCAAAAUAUCACAAUGCUCUCACAUGUGUGUUCAAAUUGCCCGGACAAUCAUCAAUGUGGUAAAAGCUGCUAUUCAUUUUACCACGCAUUCUCUAAAAGCAUGACUUCAAUGCUAUAACAUCAUAUUUCAUGGACAAACUACCAUGCAUUGCAUACUUUGGCAUAGCAAACAUUGACAUUUACUUUCCUUCGUUCCAUCACGUUUAUAACACUCCCCCUUGGAGACCAGUGUCACUAUUUCUUCUUGCUUAACGUCUUUGUUGCCUUGUUAAAAACCUUUCUAGGAAAAUCCAAUGGGAAAACCGUAGCUAGGUAAAAAGAGUACAACCACAUAAGCUCCCCCUCGAAUUAAAUCCUUUUUAUGACGCAUUCCAAUGUUAUGGACAUGUUUUUCUAAAUACUGAGGUAGGAAGUAAUUUUGUGAAGAGGUCGGCUGCAUUGUCGCAUGAUCGGACAUAUCUUACUUCAAUCUCUUUCUUUUUCUCGAGUUCUUGAGUGUAUGAAAAGAACGUCGAAUGUAUAUGUUUCGUUCUAUCACUUUUGAUAUAUCCUUCCUUCGUUUGAGCAACACAUGCUGCAUUAUCUUCAUAUAAAAUAGGUGGCUCUGUAUUUCCGUCAAUCCUACUACUUGAACAGAUGUGUCGGCUUAUUGAUCUUAGCCCAACACAUUCUCUAUUUGCUUCAUGGAGUGCGAUGAUUUCAGCAUGAUUUGAAGAGGUGGCUACGAGCGUUUGUCUCUGAGAACGCCAAGAUAUAGCAGUGCCUUCGAUCGUGACAACGUAUCAUGUUUGCGAUCGGGCUUUGUCUGGACCUUAAAGAUAUCAUGCAUCUGCAAAACCUACCAUUUGACCUUUUGAAAUUUUAGGAUAAAACAAGCCUAAAUCAAUGGUCCCUCGGAGGUAAAGAAAAACAUGUUUAAUCCCAUUCCAAUGUCUUCGAGUUGGAGAUGAGCUGAAUCUUGCCAAAAGAUUUACAGCAGAUGAUAUAUCAGGCCAUGUACAAUUUGCAAGGUACAUCAGCGCUCCAAUUGCACUUAGAUAUGGUACCUCCGGACCAAGUAUCUAUUCUUUCUCCUCAGGUGGUCGAAAUGGAUCACUUUGAAUAUUAAGUGACCUAAUGACCAUCGGGGUGCUUUAUCCAUGUUAAAUCGUUUCAACACUCUUUUAGUGUAUGUGGAUUGAUGCACAAAUAUACCAUUUUGUGAAUGCUCUAUUUGUAGACCAAGACAAUAUUGUGUAUGUCCAAGAUCUUUCAUCUCAAAUUCUCCUUUGAGAUAGUCUGAUGCCUUUUAUAUUUCCUUUCGAGUUCCGAUAAUGUUAAGAUCAUCAACAUAUACUGCGAUUAUUACAAAUCUGGAUAUCGUUUUCUUGAUGAAAACACAUGGGUAUAUAGGAUCAUUCACAUAUCCUUCUUUUGUUAAAUGAUCACUGAGACGAUUAUACAAUAUAUGUCCAGAUUGCUUUAAUCCAUAUAAUGAUCUUUGCAAUUUUAUUGCACGUAACUCUUUAUGUUUGGAACUUAAUGCUUCUGGCAUUUUAAAUCCAUCAGGAAUUUUUAUGUAGAUAUCAGUAUCUAAUGAUUCAUAUAGAUAAGCUGUAACAAUAUCCAUGAGACGCAUCUCUAGAUUUUUAUCAACUGCUAGACUCAUCAGGAAUUUAAACGUGAUUGCAUCCAUAACUGGAGAAUACGUUUCUUCAUAAUCGAUUCCAGGUCUUUGAGAAAAACAUUUUAGUAAUUUUUCUGUUGAGCCAUUUUAAGGCUAAACAUUUUAGUAAUCAAACUUGGAUGAUAGCAGUAUGUUUAAUCUUUUAUCGGGACUGUUAAAAAAGGGAGUUUAGCAAGGGGUCUAGUUGUUUUGGUUUGUUAACUCCACUUGUAACAGAGAAUCAGUUCAAAAACAAAACUCCACUUGUAACAGUUAAAUAUAUAUCGAACCCCUAGAGGGAAAUCAGAACAUAGACAGACUGGAGCUCUGAUCAACUAGGAUUGAAUGAAUGUAGAAGCAACCAUGGAAGGAGCAAAUACGAGACCCUUCCUUAAAUAAGAUCAUCUAGUGCUAAUAAAGAACGAAAAGAGUGAAGAAAAUGAUUCCAUUACUAAGGUAACAUAUGAUCAUAAAUUCUCCUUAUUGUCAAUAUAUAUAAAAUGUCAUCGUCUAAACCAACUCGAUUGCCCAAUACAGAUGACACUAGAGCUGAGACAAGAUGGAACCAUAUCAGGCCAUGGCUUAGGCAAUGCAACAAGAGGCUCAGCCUUAGCCAUUUCCACACUAAACGCAGGUGUCAUGUCUAUAUCUCCUUUAUCUACCUUAUCCCACUCGAAACACUGAACCAAUGCUCCAACAGCAAGCGCCACCGUCCUCAUUCCAAAUCCAUCUCCAGGACACGCUCUCCUCCCUACUCCGAAUAGAAAUAACCUAUAACCAUCUCUAUCGCCAAGAAACCCUUCAAAUAUCUCAGGUUUGAAAACUUCCGCGUCUUCCCAAAGCUCACCGUCCCUGUGAACAGCCCAAGCAUCCGCGAACAGCGAAGCAAGAGUGGAUAUUUCAUUAUUAUUUCAAUUUUUAAUUUAUAAAUAAAAAUAUAAUAACCAUAUAAAAAUGUAUUUAUUUUUUCUUAUUAUUUUGAUAUGCAUAUGCAUAUAUUUUAUACUUUAAUAUUUAACUAAAAUUUUCAAAUUAUAAUUUAUUGGCCUUGGACAAAAGAAGUGUGGAUAAAAACAUUGUGGAUGCGAGAAUUGAUAUUGUGGACAAAGAGAUGUUCAGCUGAGGAAGUAAAAUGCGGAUAGUUGUUUGUGGAUACUUAUCUUAGGGUGCAUUUGAAGGUUUUGGAUAUAUAUACAAGUUCAUUUGAGUUGAAUAGGAUCUAGAGUGCACGAAUAAAAGUUUGUGGCUAAAUCAAAAGAACCAUUCUGCAUAUUUUAAGAAUCUUGGGGUGAAAGCGUGAAUAACCAAAAGGUAAGGAACCACAGUAGCAAAAACUGCUUUUGUUUUCUCUCAAACGAAUGAACCCACAUCAAAAUUUAUUGAUCUUCAUGAAUUAAGAAUCAAAACAAUUUUUUUUGUUCAUGAUGACAACGUCUGGCAAUUUCAAGAGCUAUUGUUGACGCAUGCCUAAAACACUAAUACCCACAAGCCAUUUGCAACAAUUACUUGAAUCAUCAAAGCUUCGUCGAGAUUGAAGGCCAGGUCCCAGCAAGAUCCGAACAAAUCGCUGCAUAGACAAACAACUUCGUUUAACGACUUCGAUCUGAGGCCAAAUCAACUAUAAGCCUUUGUCUCCUCUGGCCUGGAUUUCAUGUUUUUUCAGCCGCUGAUUUCAUGUCUCCUCCGCCACAGGUUUCAUCGGACAUGAAAAAUCCUCUAAUCGGAUUUGUCUCUUGUCCACGUCCAUUUCCCAAAGCUUCUCCAUCAAAAUCUCACACACUGUAAGUUCCGGUAUAACCUAAAAGGCAAAGAGUCAUGUGUCUUCUCCAUCAAAAUCUCACACACUAUAACCUCUGAUAUUGUUUACCGGUGGGGAUAAAGGUGAUGAGAGAAGAAUUAGGGUUUGGAGAGAAAUCAAACUCGCAGCGAGACCUCUGGAAGCAUAGAGAUUACGAAAUUAAAGAUGAAGGAGAAGAUUGUUCGCGGAAUUAGGGUUAGGAGAGAAAUAGGAAAAGUGAAUCUGAAUUUCAAAAUAAAGAUGGAGAGAAAAUAAAGGUUCUGUUUCAGAAUAAUGGUUCUGUUUUGGAAACUCAAAAAAUGUUUGGUUUAUCGAUUUAUUUUUGAAAGAAAAAAACAUAAAAUUUGUUAUAAACGUGAUGGAACUAAAGAAUGUAAAUGUCAAUGUUUGCUGCACCAAAAACAUUGACAUUGUGCGAGUGUAAUGUACGUGGAGUCCACCGUCACUAUGCGUGCACAGUAACUUUAACUUUUUAUUUUUAUAUAUACGUAAAACACACUUCUCUUCUUCUCUUAUAACAAAUCCUUUUUCGAUAUUCAUCUUAUAUCAAUGUUAUCUCCUUCCUGCAGGUAUACAAUUUUGCUCUUAUUUAAAUUUCUCGAUACUAUAAAAUUGUAAGUUAUUUCAUAACAAGUUAUCAGCACGAUCACUCUGCAAUUCGGUAAAAUUUAUAUGUAUCAUAUAUACCUUACUAUAAUGGUCGGUAUACCGCCUAUAUUACUAUUUAUUAUUUUGUAGUAAUUGUUUUAGUUAAUUAUCAUUUACCUAUAUUAAUUGGGCGGUAUGUCGCCUCGUUAAUAAACUUUGAUUGUUAAAUACACUAUAAUAAUUGGCUGGCUGUGUCGGCCCAUAAUUUAUUUAAUGUUAUAAUUUUUCUAUCACCAUAAUACGAUUGAUAUCUAUAUGUUCAUCAUCUUAUGGUUAUUAUAUAAAUGUUUGGUCACCUAUAUCAUAUAUUAUGAAAUUUACGGAAUUUGGUUGACUGAUUAAUACAAUAUUUUCAGAUUGAUUUUUGGUUCAUCCGAGUUAAUCCCAACGGUCACAAAGAAAAAUUUCAAAAAUUUUACCCUUUUCCAAACGGCUAUGUACAGUAUUUUCAUCUAUAAAUAUACUCAUUCUUCACUCAUUUACUUCAUCCAAAAUAUUCCAUCUUCUCUCAAA